AUGGCGUCGGCGGAAUAUGCAGACGGCUAUGAAUAUGAUACUAUGUUUUGUGAACCUUGUCAUAAAGAUGGAAACAAAGUUCAGGCUGAUGGAUUUUGUGUUAAUUGUUUAGACUACAUGUGUAAUACGUGUUUGAAAUAUCAUAAGAAGUAUGUACGAAAUCACACGCAGUUGGACAGGAAAAAUAUGCCCCAGGACUUCUGUGUUGAACGAUGCAGCGUUCAUCCGAAUGAAUUCGUUAAAUUCUACUGUCCAAGAUGUGAUGACACUACGUGUGCGGAGUGCAUACCUAUUAAACACCAAGCGGAAUGUUCUGAGUUUAAGCAUAUACCAUCAUACUUGCAGUCACGUGAUAUAUAUACCGAGUUUAAAGAAGUUAAGAAAACGCUUAAUGAAGUUGAAAAAGACGCAACUCGUAUGAAAGAUGAGACGGAUCAAAACCUAAAACAGGUCAGCAUUAACAGGAGUGACAUAUCAAAGUCUAUUAACAGACAAAGGAAAUACAUGAAAGACCGAAUUGAAGAUCAGCGAAUAGAUAUAUUUAAAGCUUUGGAUGACGAAAAGGCAGAAGUAAUACGAAAACUCGAAGAGAAGCAAAAUCAGAGAAAGCAGCAGCUUUUCGAGCAACAAAAGCUUAUGAACACGAGGAUUGAAGAGGAGGCAAGGAAGUUAGACGAGCAGUCGAAAACAUAUCCUAUCAUCAUGCACAAAAUGGCUUCCAAAACAGUAGAUAUAGAGUCUAAAUUGACGUCUCUCAUUGGUCAAUUAGGCUUAAAGGAGAGACAGGGACAGAAAGCUGAACUUUUUAUUACUACAAAAAGAGUGAAACAUAAAAUGAAAGCAUUGGAACAAGAUAUGAAUGAUGUUAGCGAAGAGAGUGCAGUUAGCUUCUACAAAUUCCGACCAAGUAAGAAUGAGGUGAGCAUAGAUGCAAAAGACGACAAUGUGUAUCUUGGCUCUUUGAGUAGAUAUACCCGGAAAAGUAAUAUUAUUAAUGGUACAAAGAAACUGAAUUCUUACUUUCAAGGAGAAACCGAGAGAACAGUAGAAAUUUCAAAAUUAGAGGAAUUCGUUGCAGAAAAACAGCAUGAGGAGUGUCUUCUUUCAUUGGUAAAAAACAAGGAAUAUAAUGACUAUAAGGUUCAAGUAAUUCUUGCUGCUCAUUUGUUCGGACCAUUGGCUGGUAGUUAUGAGAUAGGAAACAAAGGUUUCCCUAAGAAUGCAAGAAGAUGUCCUAGAUGUAACAAAGAUAUAAGUGAUGCACUCAAGAAUACAUCACUUGGUAACUAUUCUUUUAUGUCAUUAUUUGAUGUCUUAUCGUUUAAGUGCAUCCUCAAAUCUUUAGCAGUUGUUAAACCAAUUGUACCAUUUAAAUGGACUUAA